UGUGUGUUUGUAUCUCUGCGCCGAAUUGGGAAGGAAUGGAAGUGGCUAAACUUUGUUUGGGUUUGAGCAUUAUUAUCAGUCUCUUUUAAAUAAUUCGUUUGGAAACUGAGAACUCAAGACUGAAUUUUUUGGGGGUGACAUCUAAUUUUGGGUGUAGAGAUGCAUUAAUCGGUGAUCCAUUUCUGAUUUUUGUUUGGUUUUGUGCUUCGUUUGUGGUUGUGACUGAUGGAAAUUGGAUGGCGCUAGAACUCGCGGUACUUUAGCGGAAAUGGUAUCAGUAAGAACAAAGAGAUGGUGGAGCAAUUGAAGAGUUAUGGAGUGAUGAAGUCACAGAAAGUGGCAGAAGUAAUGGAAACCAUUGACAGGGGUUUGUUUGUACCUGAGGGCACGCCCCCAUAUGUUGAUAGUCCUAUGCAGAUUGGCUACAAUGCUACUAUCUCUGCACCUCAUAUGCAUGCUACAUGCCUUGAGUUGUUGGAGAACUACUUGAAACCUGGCAUGCAUGCUCUGGAUGUUGGUUCCGGGACGGGCUACUUGACUGCUUGCUUUGCUGUUAUGGUUGGACCACAAGGCCGGGCCAUUGGUGUGGAACAUAUUCCUGAGUUGGCUGAAUCUUCACUUAAAAAUAUUGAAAAGAGCGCAGCUGCCCCACUAUUGAAAGAAGGAUCCCUCUCGAUCCAUAUUGGUGAUGGCAGACAAGGGUGGCCAGAGUUUGCACCUUAUGACGCCAUUCACGUUGGAGCUGCUGCCCCAGAAAUUCCUCCAGCACUUAUUGAACAAUUGAAACCUGGUGGCCGAUUAGUGAUACCCGUUGGGAACAUCUUCCAGGACCUGAAAGUUGUGGACAAGAAUGAAGAUGGCACACUAAUUGUCCGGAGCGAGAUUUCUGUUCGAUAUAUUCCGCUAACAAGUCGAGAAGCUCAGCUGCGGGGAUACUAGGAGUAGGUAUUCACUUUGUGCAGACCAUUGUGGAUUUGAAUCAAAUAAAAGUUUACUCUUUGCACUACUUUUGAUUUGUACAUAAACUGCUAAACUUUCUGCAGCGGGACAGGGUAUACAUAUGGAUAAUAUUUCCAAUGUUCUCUUGCUUCCAACAAGAAAUGAUAAAAGAUUACUUGGGGAUGAAUCUUGUA